GCGGAGUGAGACACUUGUUGGACCAUAGACGAUCUUGUGGAAGCUGCUUUAGUGUGUGAGUGAGAAUCCUCCUGCCUUACAUCUAGAAGAAGGAGCCGCCAUGGCGUCAGGCCUGUCCGGUGUUGUCCUCUUGGUCUUUUGUGCCAUUUUGGCCGCCUGUGUAUCGGCGGAUGAUAAAGCCUGUCUGUCCUACACGGAUUUGUCAGGCACGUAUCACCCGUACGAGCAAUGUUUCAUCGGAUUCUGCUGUGGCACGUGCACUUCCAGACGGUGCUGCACCAACAGUUUCCUUCGUUUUUCUGAGGAUAGUCAAGAAGAUUGUGAGGAGACUAAAUUGAUGGGCUCUCCACCGCUGCUGGGUAGCGUGAUCGGCGUUGGUGUCUUUACUUUGGUGGUGCUCAUUAGCUGUUGCCUCUGCCCUUGCUGCUGCCUGUACAAGAUGUGCCGCAAGCCCAGACCUGUGAUUGCAACCACCACCCACACCACAGUGGUGACCAGCACCCCUCAGCAUUACCCUCGACAACCGACAGCAUCGCCGGGGCAAUCCCACCCUUACCAGGCGACACCCUAUCCAGCCUACCAUCCUGUACCGGUCCAGCCAGGAUACGGUAACCAGCCCAUGCCACCGCAGGGGUACGGGGCACAACCCAUGCCGACAAUGCCACACCCGGGACCACAGCCUUUCACACCGGGACCACCGCCAACAUAUCAGGAAGCCACGGGCCCCGUGUACCCCCCCAACCCGAUGCCUUACAGCCAAGCCGCGUUCACCCCCGGCCAACCCUCCUACCCACUGCAACCGCCUCCCGUACAGCUGCAAUCCAACGCUCCACCUGCCCAGAUGGACUACCUGGCUCAGCCCGCGUACAACCCCGAUUUUGUCUCACCGCCACCCAAGACUGGAUAAUGGCCUUUCUCAUCACGGCUGCGCCCGCAUUGGUAGUGCUGCAACGAACUUCAUCCCUACGGGGGAAAUUAUGUUACACUUUUAGAUAUUUUACCAUGCUACAUACAAACACACAUGCACGCGCAACAGGAUCAUGCAUCAUCCUUUGCAUGCCUUGAGCGCAGAUGUCGGAGUGAGAGUUGUGCGCUUGCUCUCAGAGUUCUCAGGAAGUACACUGGCAACUCUACAGAAAAUCCCAGUUGCAUUUUUCAGUUUCUUCCAGUGGUCAAAUACAAAACAAUAGCUCAUUUUUUAGCUGUCAAAGAUGUAACAAAGGCAGGACGAUGGCUGUGUAAUGUAUGUGUAUUUACAAUGCUGCUGCUGUAGUAUCACCAGGCCUUCUGUUAUGGCUUGUUUGUCUGUGGCAUUGGUAAGCGUCUGGCAGUACUAUUUAAUAUCCAUCCUGGCAGAAUGUAAAAUGAUUGUUUUGCAUUUAUUUUAUUAUUAGCAUACAUUUGCUUUUGACAUUGUCUUCAUAAGGCCUUCAAAGCUUGGGGCAGUGGAAAAAAUAAAUGUAAAACGUUAAUUGACUCUUUAUAUAACAUUACAACACAAACAUAACUGUACUAAAAUCAACAUUUGGAAAAGCGUAAAAACUUUUAAGGCCAAACUAAUUUCUGUAGGUUAUGUUCUUUUUUUCUUUUUUUUUUUAACAAGGAACACAUAGCUGAAGUUGGCAUAAAAAAUAAUGCAGUAUUUCUUCAUUUUUCUCAAGCUGCUGCACCUCUAAGUGAAGUCCUGCGGCACCCCCACAGGUAAAGGCUAAAAGUGUUGGUGGGAGAUAUUUAUAGUUUUAUGUAACAUCGUGAAAACCUCGCAGGAUGGUUUAAAAAAAAAAGGGAUGUUGAUUGUGUUGUUUGAGCUGGCCAACUCCUCACUUUGGUCUUGCUUUAGUUUUUGUGUUUAGUAUGUUUGAAUUGUUCCAACUGGAUGCAAAUUAACCUGAAUUUCAUUGGUAGCUCUCAGCAAGAAUAACCAAAGGUGGCGUUUGUUUUUUUUUUUUUUUGGUUUGUUUUACUU